AUGAGACCAACAGAAAGUAAUAUUGGUUCUCCAGAAGAACAAGAUGAUGCCAGUGACGAUGUUGGAGGAGGUAAUGAAAGUAGAGAAGUCGAUGAGAAUGAAGAAAGGUCCAGAUUUGAAACGCCUAAAACAAAAGGAGCAAAAAGAAAACAUUGUAAGAACAAUUCGGAUUUAGACGACACAGCUUUAAUAAAUGCUUUGCAGAAUAGUGAGAAAGAUGAAGAUACAAACUUUGCAUUAUCGAUUGUUCCUUCCUUAAAAGCACUAUCUCCGGAUGAGAAACUAGAUGCAAAAAUUCAAAUUUUAGGAGUUUUUAAAAAUUAA